AUGAAAGUCACCAUCGAAACAUCCACCACCCAACCAGUGCUAUCAAGGCCCUCAGACAUUGAAACUAACAUCUUCAUCAGCAUCACAAACUCCAACAAAACCACACCAAAAAUGGCAAGCGACUCGAGCGUAAACGCCCUGGUAGGCAUCCUUACCUUCUGCAUGGUCGUUGCAUUCCUAUUCUUCUGCUUCCUCCUGUACAUGCGCUUCGUCAAGCGGCGCGUCCUCGUGCCCGUCGAUCUGGGACCGCGCAGAGGACGGAGUACCACCGCCGUACGGGGCAGCGUUGGCGGUGAUUCUGCGGCGGGGACGGGGGAGGAUAACAGAGAUGUUGGGAACGAGUUGGGCCGGUCUGGUGGUGCGACGACUGAGGGGCCGGCGAGGGUGGUUUGA